AUGGACUUCGCGCCCUACCAAGAUGCCUCUCCCGAGAUAGAACGGGCUCUAUCACCCCCUCCUGCUAAGGGCAGGCCGUCUCUUGACUCACAAAGAGUGCGCACUCCACCGCCUCAAAGCCGACCAUCGCAGCCUUACUCGAGAAAAACGUCAGAAGUAGCGGCACCACAGCCUCAAAGAGCUUUUGGGAACAAUGCGUUUGCUGCUUCACAGCAAGAACGGGGACAAAGUCUGGAGGCCUUCGAGACGAGCUUGCCUAUAAGGUUGGACUAUGAAGCCUGCUUAGCGUAUCUCCUGCUUCCACCAGCUGGAGGAGUGUUUCUUCUCAUCUUCGAACACAAGAGCGACUAUGUUCGUUUUCACGCAUGGCAAUCGAGCAUGCUCUUCACCGUCAUUUUUAUUCUACACCUCAUUCUGGCAUGGUCGAGUGUACUCUCUUGGAUGCUGUUCACCGUCGACCUGUUGUUGAUGGGCUUCCUCGCGAUGCGUGCUUAUCGCGACGUCGAUACCUUGGAACACUACGAGGUCCCAUUCUUUGGGCAUUUGGCGAAUGCCUUUGUGGACGACGAGUGA